AUCAACCAAGACUGCCACAAGCAUCAGAUUUCUCGCUGUGAGAGAGAGGGGGGAUAGCGCUCGCUUUAUUGAGAGAGACGAAGAGAGAGAGAGGGCGAGGGAGAAACAACUCUGGACGACUGAAGACUUGCUGCUGCCACAAAUACAUAAAGACAGAAACAGCUCAAGAAAAACAGCUAAAUACAUCUGUAAAAGUUCCAGAUCGAGCCAUGGACGGGAUGGUAGCAUUUGGACGCGCUUCGCUCUUGUGCACCUUGCUGCUUUGCUUUUCAUUGCAAGUGUGCUGGGCCAUCGUGACAGUGACAGUGACUCCCAAGGUGGAGGUGAUCAAGGGAGAGUCAGCCAGUCUGCCCUGCACCUUCAAAAUCCCUCCCUCCCCAAACAACAUUGUGGAGUGGUUCAUUGAGGAGGGUGGCACCAGGAAGCGUGUUGCAUUCCGCUCUGUGUCGGGCGGCGAGGGGAAGAGUGAUGAGGGGACACGUCUGUCCGACAGAGUGACCAUGGGAAGGGACUUCUCUCUGACCAUCUCCCCCGUGGCGGUGGAGGACCAGCUGCCCUUCUACUGCCAGGUCACUGCUGGCCCUGCCGGGGUUGGAGACGCCAUCACCCAGCUCAAAGUCUUCUUCGCUCCAGAGAUGCCAGAGGUCACUGGGUCCAACCAGGCCAUAUCUGUAGGAGACUCCUCCACACAGGUGGGCCAGUGUGUGAGCCAUAACGGUCACCCCCAGCCCAGGAUCAUCUGGUUCCAGGACUCCAAGCCUCUGCCUGAGGUCAAGGACAACAAAGAGAAGGUGUACAUGGUACCGUCAGUGGUAAAGGAAGCAUCAGGUCUGUUUACCAUCACCAGCACCCUGAUGAUGCAGCCCCAGAAGGCUGACAAGGACAGCGUAUACCACUGCACCGUGGAGUACAGCAUGCCCAACGACAUGAUCAAACAGAUCGACUCUGACACCUUCUCCCUCACCCUCAACUAUCCCUCUGAGACAGCGACCUUUGUCCUGGUGAACACUGAGCCAAUCAGAGAGGGUGAUGAGGUGAAGAUGAUGUGUGAGACAGACGGAAACCCUCAGCCUGAGAUUGAGUUCUUUAAGGAUGGGAUAAACAUUAAGGAAGGAGUAGCAGGGGGACUUUUGACUCUGAAGUCCGUCAAGCGUUCGGAUGCUGGGGUGUACAAAUGUAUGGCCACUGACUUUGAUAACCUGGAUGCUGAUCUUAAUGGAGAAGUCACCCUCUCUGUCCACUACAUUGACCCAAUGAGUGUGAGGCCUGCUGGUCCAUUGUCGACAAUGACGGGAGACAUGGUGGAGCUGCAGUGUAAGACCAAGGCCUCAGACUCACACACCGUCCAGUGGAAGAAGGGCUCCACGGUGCUGUCCCAGACUGGUGUCUUGUCUCUGAAGUCGGUGACAUUCGCUGAAGCUGGCGAGUACUCCUGUGUGGGUGCAGUGCCCUCUGUGCCUGGGCUCACCGCCAAGGCCAGCGUCAAUCUCACCGUCUCAGGUAAACCUGAGAUUGAUGCAGCUGUUGAUGGAAUGGUGGAGAAGGAGGGAGACAUGGUGACUCUGUCCUGCUCUGCUCACGGACAUCCUGCUCCACAGUUCACCUGGACACCCUCAGGAAAGGAGUCAGUGUCGGUGAAGGGUAACAAGGUGGUCAGUAUGGUCAUGCUGGAGGCCAGUGCUGCGGUCCUGAAGGACGGGGUCACCUGCGAGGCCAGUAACGACCACGGCGCAGCCUCCCAGGCCUUCAAAGUCACCACCAAACAAGCCGGCGAUCCCAACGCAGCCAAUGAUGCAGGCAGAGCUGAUAAGCAGCAGGGUGGCUCCAGUGGCGUGGUGAUAGCCGUGGUGGUGUGUGUCCUAAUGCUGCUGCUGCUGGUGGCACUCCUCUACUUCCUCAACAAGAAGGGCAAGCUGCCCUGCAGCAAGAAGGACAAUAAGGAAGUGGCAAGUGGGGAUGUGAAUAAUGACAUUGUAGUGGAGAUGAAGACAGAAAAGGCCAAUGAAGAGGCUGGCCUCCUGAACAAGCCUGGAGCACAGCAGUGAGGAACAGAGGAGAAUAUGACACAAGAAGACAGAAAGAGAGGGAUGAAGGGAUGGAUGAAAAACGACAGCAGGGCUUGUUUUAUUUUUGAUAGAGUGAGAAGUCGGACUGAGGGAGAAAAGACGGUGGAAUGGAAGGGUGUUUUUGUAGGGAUGUGGGGUUACCUGUGUGUGUGUGUGGGGAGGGGGGGGGGUUAUUUAAACAUGAGACCUAAUACAUCACUGAACAUCAUCAUGACAUUAUCAGAGUGUAAUCUCUUUCCACCAAUCACAACUCUUGGUUGACCGUGUAGAAUAGAGCUGUACAGUAAACGUGUCCAACAUGUCUCUAGCCACAGUAACUCUACCCCAAUCCUAACAGAAAAUGCCAUUGUGUUGCAGGAGUGUGAGUGUGUGUUUGUGAGUGUGUGCUGUAUUGCAUUGUGUAUCUGAGCUGUGGAUUGUUCUUCGUUAUGUCAGUGUGGAACUGGAUGUGUCUGUUCUGUGUAGAGUCUGCAUCUAGCCAAUUCUGGGGGACAUGGGAAAAACACAAACUGUCAUGCUAAUGUAUUCAUCCCUACGCUGAUUAUUGUGUCACUCUGAAUUCUAUCCCGUAACAUAGAGAUUGACCGUGCCUACUGUUACAUUAAACUUAAUGAUCAUAUUCCUUGCCCAAGACGAUGACCAGCAGCAUAUUAGGCACAAUAGUGCAGAUGUACUUUCUGACAAACCUUUUCAGUCAAACAGGGCAAGCCAGGCCCACUUAUACAAGUCAAAAGUCAUUCCAGCCUAAAUCCACUCCGGCCUUCUGUUAGGAGCCUAUAGUAGUGUAUAUAAUUCUAGACUGUUCUAAGGAGGAACUUACCCUCUAUCUCCCUGUUUGCUUGUCUCUUUACAGGAUGACAUGAAAUAGAAGACUCUAGUCCCUGUGUAUCAAUUCAUUGUUUAGUUUUUCAAUUCAAAUCUACAAUGUUUAUUCAUUUAUUCAAAUUCCUUUCAGCUGUUACCUUAGCAACAGCCGAGACAAUUUCUAACUUCCUGAUCCCUUCCUGUGUAAAUGUAUUUUUUUCUCAAACCAAAAAGCAACAAAAAUACAAGCUAUUCGGUGUACAAAUUAGUUCCAAAAUGUUGACGAAAUGUAUAUUAUGUAUCAGGUCAUUUGUUUUCUUCUUUUUGUUGCUCUGUCUCUGCAAACGGAAUACUGUAUAACCUGUCAAUCAAAUGGAGGCUUACUGUAUAUGUGAGGUGAAUCUGAAAGAAUCUGUGUGUUUACUGUGUUGUUAGAGUCCUGACCCUGCUACAGCGCUCGCCGUAUUUCAUAGCCUACUGUCCUUCUCUGAGCAAAGCCAUUUUCAGAAACACAACACUCCCUGUUAUGCUCAGCUCACCCAAUUAUCAUCCCCUAGCUCUGGAAAAUUGGAGUAACCUGGCAAAAUGGGGAACGUUUUUGUCCUCCGUUGACAAUCUGAAAUCUCUGCCAGCUGCAUUACCAUUUCCUUCAGCACAGAUUGGCUUUGCAGGCCGGAGGGGUGAGCAACACAGUGAGCACAGAUUGGCUUUGCAGGCCGGAGAGGUGAGCAACACAGUGAGCACAGAUUGGCUUUGCAGGCCGGAGGGGUGAGCAACACAGUGAGCACAGAUUGGCUUUGCAGGCCGGAGAGGUGAGCAACACAGUGAGCACAGAUUGGCUUUGCAGGCCGGAGAGGUGAGCAACACAGUGAGCACAGAUUCACCUGCGAACGUCACAGACACAGGUUAGUCACAGCUUGAUGAGGGAGAGAGGGAGGAGAGCAGGGGAGACGAGGGGGGGUAGAGUGUGGGGGUGAGGUGGGAGGGUGUAGAGUCUGGGGGUGAGGUGGGAGGGGAGAAGGUGUAGAGUGUGGGGUUGAGAUGGGAGGGUGUAGAGUGUGGGGAUGAGGUGGGAGGGUGUAGAGUGUGGGGAUGAGGUGGGAGGGUGUAGAGUGUGGGGAUGAGGUGGGAGGGGAGGGGAGGGGAGAGGGGGUAGAGUAUAGGGGUGAGGUGGGAGUGGAGAGAUUUUUUUAAACCAAAAUAAGUUGAGUUAUUGAGUGUCUUUGUGGGGGUGUUCCAAUGUUUUGGUGCGCAUUUGGUGUCUGUCUCUCUCUGCCUCACACGCUUUUUGAUACUACCUGUAUUGGCAGCACAAAGAUAUAUGAUAGCUGGUUGCAGUGUCCUCUAUCAUUGCUAUACACUGGAAAAAACUGCCUUGUGAACAGGUCACUAUAACCACUAUCGCUUUUUCUGGGAAUCAUUUGUUUUUUCCAAUGGUGUUUAUAUGUCUAGUGAUUUAAGAAAUCUAUAUUUCCAUAACUUAAUGACUGUUCUGACUCCUGCAAAGUUAGGGGGAGACCAACAGGUGCAUACCUUCAACUUUGGAAUGCUUGGUUUUAUUUGUCCCCCAAAAAUAUAAAUUGAUAUAUAUAAAAAAAGUUUUCUUUUCUUUAAAGGAAAGGUUGAUUCUUGCACUUCAGAACUACUGAGUUGUGACUUGUGUUGUUUUGUGGUUUGCCCACUUAAUCUAAGAGAAGAGAGAAAGGUUUGAAUUAGGAUUCUUGUCUUGCUAUACAUAUGUGAGUGCUUUUUUCUCUUCCUGCUAUACUGUAUAUUUGGUGGUACGCUGUUCUGUUGUGAGUUCUGUACUUUGUUCUUGUAUCUUCUUAUUGAACUGUGUAGAAUUUAUAACAACUGAAAACCCAAGAAAAAAACAACCAAACUCCCACAA